GUCCGUGGGGGGGGGACAGCACGGCGGCGGCCGCUCAGUGUCGCGGGAGCCGGACGGCGCAGGCCCGUCCCGGCGCCCGGGGGGCGCCAUGUGGUUCAUGUACGUGCUGAGCUGGCUGUCGCUGUUCAUCCAGGUGGCAUUCAUCACUCUGGCCGUCGCGGCUGGACUGUACUACCUGGCAGAGCUGAUCGAAGAGUAUACAGUGGCCACCAGCAGAAUCAUCAAAUACAUGAUCUGGUUCUCCACAGCGGUCCUGAUUGGCCUCUAUGUCUUUGAACACUUCCCCACCAGCAUGAUUGGCGUGGGCCUUUUCACCAACCUCGUCUACUUUGGCCUUCUCCAGACCUUCCCCUUCAUCAUGCUGACAUCACCUAACUUCAUCCUGUCAUGCGGGCUAGUGGUGGUGAACCAUUACCUGGCAUUUCAGUUUUUUGCGGAAGAAUAUUAUCCUUUCUCUGAGGUCCUGGCCUACUUCACAUUCUGCCUGUGGAUAAUCCCGUUUGCAUUCUUCGUGUCACUUUCGGCUGGGGAGAAUGUCCUCCCCUCCACCAUGCAGCCAGGAGAUGACGUGGUCUCCAAUUAUUUCACCAAAGGCAAGCGAGGCAAGCGCUUAGGCAUCCUGGUGGUCUUUUCCUUCAUCAAAGAAGCCAUCCUACCCAGUCGGCAGAAGAUAUACUGAGCCUUUGGGGAGGGCAUGUGGGGGGCAAGACCAGCAGAGCUAGGCCCCUGGGCUUCUGGGCUAAGUGCCUAGGAGCCUGGAGGGUGUCUUCUGCCAGCCCGGGUUUCCCUCCCCUCUGUUCUGAAGCCCCAUCCCUACCCUCCUCAGGGGACCUGAAUGCUGCCAGGGGCACCAGAGAGGGUAGCAGAGCCUGCUUUGCCAGGAGGCUAUGUCCCCAGCCUUCCCCGUCCCGAAGUCGGGUCUGGCUCAGAUGGGGCAGGCAGGGAAGGGUCUGUGAAGCUGGGGCACAGACAGCAAGUUCUCAGGCAGGUGACCAUAGGAGGAGCUAAGGGUUGGCACUUCUGGAAAAGUGCAUUUUGCUGUUGUCCAAUGCUGGUUCCCUUUGAAUAAAGAUUCUAGGUGGCACUGUUUGCCUUAACACCCCAGGAGUCCAUCUUCCUCUCUACUCGCUAACUUUCUGCCUAGACUGGGCUAGCCUUCUACUCCAGGGACUCCUCUUCUGGCUCUUGCCCUUCUGAAGAAAUUCUUGUGGCCCUAAGUGGGAAGGGAACAGAGAUAAGGGUGGAUAAAGGCAGUUUUCUGAGGCUCCUCCCUCUUUUUCCAUGUCUUCCUUCCCUAGACUGAUAGUCUAGAUGGGAGGGAGCAGAAACAGUUUGUGACUGGGUUAGGGAUGCAGAAGACCAUCUACAAUAUCCUAUUUAUGUCUUCCUUUGAGGAAAAGAAGAGGUUUCUUGGUGAAUUCUAUCUCAGGCUCAAUGAAAAAAAAAUAAUAAAUUGGCUUCUAGGCAGCCUAGGCUGUGGCCUGUUUCUUGAGAAAUGGGAUUGGGAGAGGCUGCCGUUCAGAGCACACAGGCCUCACACUCGUGUGCUUCUGACUCCUGGUAGGAUGUGAGCUCUGCCUUCUAAGAAGGUGGGCCCCAUCCUGGGCACAGACCAGCAUCUGUUGACCUUGCACUCCCAACUACAGUGCCUUGCAAGGGCUCAGCAGUACGUGGAAUGAAGGCCCCAUGAGAGCUGCCACUGGCCGAAUCCCAUACCUCACAGUGAGUCUGGCAGGUGCCCAGAUGGACAGGCAUGGGGAAGACCCUUGAUCGUGAACAUCUAAUUCUGUUUCAUACAUCCUUCAUCUCAUCCGAUCUUGUGUUUCUGUUGAGUCUCCGCCUGCCAUUCCCUGAAUUUUGUUUUGCAGCUACCGGUAACAUUACCAGACCUGUUUCUGCCACUCAGGUGGGUGAAGCUAUAGGACAUGAGGCUGGAGACUGGCCCCACUCAGUCUUGCUGUUCACUUCUUUAUCUUCGUUCAUCUUGUCUGCUGGUCAUUGCUUGGACGGGCUUUCCCAGGCUAAGCCUGAUGGAGCUAUCACAUGGUACUUAGUGGAUCUUGGGGUAGCUGACACAGCUGAUGGUCUGCUUCUUGACUCACACUUCCCUGGCACUUCUAUAGCUGGAUGUCCUUUUACCUCCCUGUCCUUUCAGUCUCUGUAUAGGCCUAUCUCUUGCCCUGUGCAUACAGUUGUUCUUUGGCUGUGUUAUGAAUUGCCUGAGGAAGUCCAGCCAUGCUGGUGGCUUUAGGGACACUGGAGGAAGCCAGGGCCAACUUUCAGCCCCAAUUCCUCUGUAACUUCUUAGCCACAGUUCUUCUGCCUUCUGGGCACAGGAACAAUUUGACCUCAAAAUCUGCUGUUCACCUGCUUUUUCUAGUACCUGACCUGGUCCCCUGAUGGUUCAGGAGCCAGGCCAAAUCUUGCUUUCUCUUUCUGCCCUACAUCCAGUCUAUUCUUAGUAUCUCUCUCUUUGAGCCACUCCUGUCAUCUUUCACCUAGUUUUUAAACAGUCUCCCGUGUUUAUCCUAUGGCCAGCUGGAGUAGUUUUCCUAAAGUGCACAGUUGGGCAAGUCUUUCUUGGCCUCAAGCUUUUCCCCAGCUCUCCACUGCCCUUAGGAUGAAGUCCAGACUCCUUAGCAUGGAGUGUGAGACUCCUCGUCCCUACUGGCCUCAUCACUUGCCUCCUGUAUGCAGAGACCAUGGCUCCUUCCCUCUACUCACUUUGGUAGUUUGCCACUUUUCCACUUAGAUUUUAUUUCUUCCAAGGAACCUUCAAUGUCCCCUCUCUUCCCCUAACCCCAGCUGCCACACAGAUCCUUCUAGGCUCACUGGCCUGUGGUGUGGUCUGUCUCCCCACUAGACUGGAAGCUCCUUGAGGGCAGGGAAAGCCCUUGGAUUUUUAUAUUAUUAACUACCUGAUUUUGGCGCCUGGCCCAUGGAAAGCACUCAAUAAAUGUUUUGUUUAAAGAG